UCCAUUCUCUUCUCUCCUCUGUUCUCCUCUGUCCCUUCUCCUUGCCGAGCAUCUCUCCUUACUCCCCCUCAUUCUGCCUUUCCACCCACACACUGUCUCCUCUCCCUCUCCUCCCUCUCUCCACCUCCGACCCACCCCCUCUUUCCUUAUUUUCUAUUGGCUUCUUAUGUCCCCUGCUCUCUCCACAUUCCUGUCACCUUGGGAAGUGACUCCUGCCACCCCCGACUGGGUGCUCUCAGAAGACCCCAUUCUGUGUCCUGCACCCUCCACGAGUCCUGGAGAUGGGGGAUGACGGACAAACGAGGUGAAGGUGGGAAGUCAGGGCUGGGGACCAGAUGGGAGAGGCAAUGUGGGCUGACGUGGCCGCUGAGGGCCUAGAAAGGGCCCGAGUCCACGAGCGCUGGAGGAGUGGGCACCGUGUGGGACACCAGCUGCUUGUCUGCUAGUGGUGCCUGGCUGCAGAAUGUUACCCAGCCUGGCGACGACAAAGGGAGCUCUUGCCCUGUGGGCAGAACCUUGAAGCCUCCAUACAGCAGAAUGUCAGAACUGGACCAAACCAGAUGCACACUGCUGUCCAGUCUCCUGGGUCUUCGCGGUGGCACUUGUGAGCUCCCCUUCAUGCUGAGAGCGGAGCAUCUGACACGCCCCUUUCACCCUUGCAGCACCCUGGGAUUGGGCCAGGACUAGUUGAUUGCUGACCAGCCUCUCCGCGGCCAUGGCCACCGCAGCCUAUCCUUCAUCGGUGCCCAUAACCUUGGACCCUGGGAACACAUCCUCUGCCUGGCCACUGGCCACUACUCUGGGUAAUGCAUCUGCUGGCGCUAGCCUGGCAGGUCUGGCUGUCAGUGGCAUCUUGAUCUCUCUGGUGUACCUAGUGGUGUGCGUGGUGGGCCUGCUGGGAAACUCCCUGGUGAUCUACGUAGUACUGCGACACACAGCCAGUCCGUCAGUGACCAGCGUCUAUAUCCUCAACCUGGCGCUGGCUGAUGAGCUCUUCAUGUUAGGGCUACCCUUCCUGGCUGCUCAGAACGCCCUGUCCUAUUGGCCCUUUGGCUCUCUCAUGUGCCGUCUGGUCAUGGCCGUGGACGGCAUCAACCAGUUCACCAGCAUCUUCUGCCUCACCGUCAUGAGCGUGGACCGCUACCUGGCCGUGGUGCAUCCCACACGCUCAGCCCGCUGGCGCACAGCACCUGUGGCUCGCACAGUCAGUGCGGCUGUCUGGGUGGCCUCAGCCGUGGUGGUGUUGCCUGUGGUCGUCUUCUCAGGAGUGCCCCGGGGCAUGAGCACGUGCCACAUGCAGUGGCCAGAGCCAGCAGCUGCUUGGCGAGCGGCGUUCAUCAUCUACACAGCCGCCCUGGGCUUCUUCGGGCCCCUGCUGGUCAUCUGCUUAUGCUACCUGCUCAUUGUGGUGAAGGUGCGGUCGACCACACGGCGUGUGCGGGCACCAUCCUGCCAGUGGGUACAGGCACCUUCGUGCCAGCGGCGGCGGCGUUCUGAGCGCAGAGUCACACGCAUGGUGGUGGCCGUGGUGGCGCUCUUUGUCCUCUGUUGGAUGCCCUUCUACCUGCUCAACAUCAUUAAUGUGGUGUGCCCGCUGCCCGAGGAGCCCGCCUUCUUUGGGCUCUACUUUCUGGUGGUGGCACUGCCCUACGCCAACAGCUGUGCCAACCCCAUCCUCUAUGGCUUCCUCUCCUACCGCUUCAAGCAGGGCUUCCGCAGGGUCCUGCUGAGACCGUCCCGACGCAUACGGAGUCAGGAGCCAGGGUCUGGCCCUCCAGAGAAGACUGAGGAGGAGGAGGAUGAAGAGGAGGAAGAGAGAAGAGAAGAGGAGGAGCGGAGGGCUGCGAGGAGGAAGGAGACGAAUGGAAAAAGGAGUCAGACUGCACAGCCUGGCACCAGUGGGCAGGAGCCCAGCACAGGGGCUGCCAAGGAGCAGCAGUUUCUACCCCGGGAGGCCACAGUUGGGGACAAGUCUAGCACCCUGAGCCACCUAUAAGGACUUCAAAGGACCAGCAGGGCCCAAGAAGGACAGAGGCUGUGCCUGGCCCAAGGACAUGAGUACCAGCCUCUUGCAGUGGUCUGAGCAAGCUGAGGUGACUUCAUUUGCGCGGGUCUUCCGGCUGUCUUUGGACUGCUGAGGACGCCGGGUCCAGUGAUGGAAUGUUCAGAGGCCUGGGUUCUGCCCCACUGUUCUAGGACUUGCUGUGUGUCCUUUAGCAGGUCAUUUGCCCUCUCUGGGCCUUGCUUCCUAAUUUUGACUCAGGGAUGGGCAUGAUGAGGCCUGGAUGGACCCUGUCAUAAGAGGGGUCUGGAGGGUGUCGUUACUAGGGUGACUCUCCCAAGCCCAAGUUAAAAUGAUGUGAGCAGGUUGACCAAGAAACAAGGUAUCUUUUGUGGGAGGGGGUCAGUCUGUAUCUUGACCCUUAGGGAGAUAGAGCAGGGCUUGAGGAAUCUGGGAUGCGGAUAAGCUGGGGUUUGACUGAAACCCAAAGGAGUGUAAGAUGGUAGGACAGAUGUGCUUAGGACCCAGGUCAGCCCUUCCCAUGCUGCUGUGUGGCCUUGGCCACUCUCUUCCUGCCUAGGCUUCUACCUCGCCUGCUGGACAGCCCAAUGUCCUCCAGGUCCUCACCCCAGUGUCUCAGUGCUGGGCCUCCUGUGCUCCUGGGUGUGAGAGGAAAGGUUUUUAGAAGACAGAUGAGCCAGGCGGUGGUGGCACACACCUUUAAUCCCAGCACUCGGGAGGCAGAGGCAGGUGGAUCUCUGUGAG